AUGGAGCCGGUGACAGGGGGCGGGAUUCUUCUUCACAAGGCAAAGUGCCCUCUGACCGAUGAGGCAGAGCUGCAGGCGGUACUCGCAGACGCAAAGGCAGCGGCAGCCGUUGGCGGUGUGUGGCACACGGUUCGGCUGCUCGCCUCUCGCGCGCGCAGCACGCUUCAGUCGGGGCGAGGCGACCUCGCGCUUCCACUCGUCACGACGGCGAUUGACCUCUGCCCGGAACCCUACAGGCGGCUGGCGUUGCUGCACAGUGAAGACAGUGUGCAGGGCGGCUGUGCGCUGGCGCAGUCCAUGGUCGCCACACCCGACUGGCAGUACCGUGACAGAGACGCGAUUGCCGUUGUGUGCACCGCGAUGGUGGUGUGGCACGGCGCUGUGGCAUCUACGGCGGAUGUGAGUAGCUGUCCGCAUCGCUUCCUGCGGUUUUCCCAUCGCGUCGGGCACGUUCUCACGGCAGUCAUGACUGACGCCGAGAACCUCCAUAGCCUGAGCGCGUGUUGGCUGUACAACACGCUCGCCUUCGCCCACCGCUCAAAGAAGACACAGGAGGUGGCGUUUUACCUCCUGGAGGAGUUGCGCGAUGAGGCGUCGCCCUCGGACUUGGUGGAUGUGAGUGAGUGGCGACUGGUGUGUUGCACCGGCGGCAACGCGUGCGUUCGUGAGGGCCUUCGUGGGACGCAGGUGGCUGCGGUGUGGCAGCGCCUGUGUGCGACGCUGUACGCUGAGGGGUGCGCGCUGCUGCACGCGUCGCAGGAGAAGGUGUGCCGCCGCGCCGCCGAUGCGAUGGACGUCUUGCGGCGCAGCCUCACUGGCGAGCCGACGCACUACGUGACGGACGUUCGAAGGCCGCUCAGUCUUGAUCCUCGGGAGGCGGUGUUCCUCCACGACUCCGCCGCAAGUGCCGAUUUGUGUGUUCCACGGGAAGCGUUUGCGCCGCUUCGCGUGGCGUGUUUUUUAAGGUGUGUCGCAGGGCGAAAUACAUGCGGCUCGUCUGUCAACUACCCGCUGGCUUCUGUGGCGGGCGCUGUGGCCCUCGCGUAUCGGCACCGCCACGGCGACAUCGCGGAGGAGAUCCUCCGAGCGGGACUGACGGACGGUACGGGUGAAGGCUCCUUGGUUGCGUGGGGCGAAGAGCUCGAGUCCAUCCUUGACGGGUUGAUGCUUCCGCCCGGUGGAGGCUUUGGUUCCACGGAGUUGGCGAAGCGCUGCCGCGGUGUUGCGCGUCGACGCUUAGGCGAGCCCGAGCCACUGCUACACGCGGCAGUACAGGAGUGGCGCGCUGCCGAUGUGCUGCGCGUGCUGGCGCUUUCCCACACCCUCGAGGAGCUGCUCCCAGCCGGCGUGGCGGUACUGCGCGGCGACGCCACGGUCGGGCGUCGGCUGCUUGGGGACAUAAUUGCCCCAUCGUUAGUUCUUGAUGGAUUGGUUCGACUCAUCCUUCGCCUCGUGGACGAGGGGGACGCACCGCUCGCGAGGUGUUUUCUCCCCCUGGUGGCCGGCAUCUGCGUGCGGAUGCCGUCGCAGGCGAAUCUACUGGUGACGCUGCAGGCGGUCGCCGCCUUUGCUCGCUGCUGCUUGGAUUUUAGCUCCCGCCAACUGGAAGGCGUUCAGCGCUGGGAGGGCGUUGCCAAGGCACUCCUACCUCUGCUGCCACCACGCUGUUCUGCACUGGGGCCGCCUUACCGACAGACAAAGGCAACAGUGGUGGGACGCACAUUUGCCGCGAGACGCCGUGUGUUUGGCGCACUUCGCGGUGGUGUCCCCACAGAGGGCAACGCCUCUCGAUGCUGUCAGCUGCAGGUGCUCUUGGCGGGCGAAGGCAAAGAGGGAGUGCGUCUCCUCCGCAGGAGCGGUGUUGAUGGGGUUUCGCAGUGGGAGAAGGUGCUCCCCAUCGAGGAGGUGCUGCUAAAGAUGGUGGACCGCACGCGGGAGAUUGAGCUGCAGAACAGGCGGCAUCUCAACGCUUUGCCAAGGAAGGAGGAUGCGUCAUUGCUUGGAGAUGGCCACUCCGGGGCCGAAAAGACGCCCUGUAACGGAGACAGCGGUGCUGAUUGUGGUGGUGAAGCAACGGAGCAGGACAGUAAGGAGCGGGCGGAUUGGUGGGAACAGCGGCAUGCGCUGGACCGUGCACUGCGUGAAGUGGUUGAGGUGUUACAGUCAGACGAGGCCUUUGGAUGCUGGCGACUGUCCAUGUGUGGUGACUUGUCUCCAACCUGCAUGCUGGAGCUGCAAAGUCUGGCUGCCCAGCUGCUGCUUACCCUCCACGCCCCAGCGCAUCACACAGACGAUGUGAUGCUGAUGUUAGCUGGCCUUCCAUUUAUUGGGGCGCGUUAUUCGCUCAGGGAGAAACUUCUCUUUAGUCCUUCGCAUGUGCAUCUUGGGGGCCCAUGUCAUGCGUGUGAAGAAGUGUUGGUGAAGCUCUCAGAGGCGUUAAGGAGCGAGCUGCUCAACCGCGGCAUCGCUGCGCCCUCGAACGAACUUUGGGAUGUCUCCCGUGACAUCUGCUUCCGUGCUCUUUCUGCAAUGUGUACUACGAAUGAGUAUCGACAGCAACAACAAGAAACACAGCGACAUCAGGAGAAGCAGGGAAGCUUUGACCAUGUGGAUUUGUUUGAGCUUCCUCGUACUCAUGUGUAUCUUGCGCUAGACAAUGAACUUCACUGUCUUCCGUUUGAGGGAAUUGACGUGCUUCGGACCGGCAGCGUUUCCCGCGUCCCAACAGCCACAUUUGUGUCUGAGAGCAAUGGACGCGCGGCGCUUCUGGGUGACGGUGUGGCGUACUGUGUGAUCGACCCCCAUGGGGUCAUGCCAAAGACGGUCAAGCGCCUGUUGCCAGUGUGCCAGCGGGGGGGUUGGCGAGUGAAGUCUCAGAGCAUGCCGUCUGGCGAGUUGUUGCGCGAGGUGUAUGCAUCUGGGGCUCGGCUUUACGUCUAUGCGGGGCACGGAAAAGGCGGGUGCGUGGUGCGGCCCGAAGAGCUGUACGAGCGGUUCCCUGAUCCAUGUCAAUUCCCCGCCGUCUUCCUCAUGGGCUGCAGCAGCGCAUACAUGGAUGGUGGAUCAUCGUACGACUGUUACGGCAUGCCGUAUGCCUACCUUCACGCAGGAUGCCCUCUGUUCGUUGGCUGUCUGUGGCACGUGACUGAUGGUGAAAUUGAUCGACUGACGAAGCGCUUGCUGCUGUUGGUUGCGGGUGAUGUUGCCAGCGGCGGCAAUGACUGCUGUGGACGCCACCCACAGACUAUUGGAGAGGCCCUGGCAAUGGCGCGACAAGCCUGCAAGCUGCCUUUCCUCACAGGAUGCUCCACAGUCCUGUACGGAGUGAAUCUACCCCUGCGGAGCGAUGACGGGAAAUAG